CGCUGGGGCGGGCGGUCGUUUCCCGGAGACCGAGAGAGCGAGUGUGUGUGUGAGAGAGAGAGAGACCGGGGAUCGGGGAUCGGGGAUCGGGGAUCGGGGAUCGGGGAUCGGGGAUCGGGGACCGGGGACCGGGGACCGGGGAUCACGGAAAGAGAAACCGGAAUCGAGACCCCGGGAGAGACCGGGCAGUGAGACCGAGUGAGCGGCCUCGGGGAGAGUGAGGGCCCGCCCGCCUGAGUGACCGACAGGCCCCCGGGGCUUGGGGGGUGGGGGCAGCCUCCCCACCGUCAAAGAAAUGUCUGAAAAGUUGAGGUCAAAUAUCAAUUUAAAAGAACCACGAUGGGACCAAGGAACCUUCCUGGGGAGAGCCAAGCACUUCUUUAUGGUGACGGACCCCCGCAAUGUUCUACUUUCCAGUGAGGAGUUAGAGGCAGCGAGGACCAUUGUUGAGAACUACAAGCAUGGUAAAGUCCAACCAGGCCUAACUGAAGAUGAACUUUGGAAAGCGAAGUACAUCUAUGAUUCAGCUUUUCAUCCAGACACGGGUGAAAAAAUGAUUCUGAUUGGGCGGAUGUCUGCCCAGGUUCCAAUGAAUAUGACCAUUACUGGUUGCAUGCUGACAUUUUACAGGACCACUCCAGCAGUAGUCUUUUGGCAGUGGGCUAAUCAGUCCUUCAAUGCAGUUGUUAACUAUACCAACAGAAGUGGGGAUGCACCACUGACAGUGGGCCAGCUGGGUACCGCAUAUGUCAGUGCAACAACAGGUGCUGUUGUCACAGCCCUUGGGCUAAAGUCACUCACGAAGCAUUUGCCCUCUCUGAUUGCACGUUUUGUGCCCUUUGCUGCAGUAGCUGCUGCCAACUGUAUCAAUAUCCCUCUCAUGCGGCAGAGGGAACUUAAGUUUGGGAUUCCAGUUGCAGAUAUCAAUGGGAAUCGACUUGGGGAAUCGCAAAAGGCAGCACAACAGGCCAUUGCCCAGGUGGUAGUCUCUCGGAUUGGUAUGGCAGUACCUGCAAUGGCAAUACCUCCAGUUAUUAUGAAUGCUUUGGAAAAGCGAGCGUUUUUAAAGCGUUUCCCAUUUUUCAAUGCUCCUAUUCAAGUUGGCCUAGUGGGCCUCAGCUUGGUUUUUGCCACUCCACUAUGCUGUGCACUUUUCCCACAAAAAAGCUCCAUGAAGGUCUCCCGCCUGGAACCAGAGCUUCAAGCUAAGAUUUUGUCGAGUAAUCCUGGCAUCAAUGUAGUUUACUUCAACAAGGGCUUAUAGACUAUUCUAACCAAAGCAAAUGGCCAAAAUAGUUACAAUCCAACUCCGCAGCCGUAACCUUCUCUCAAGGUGUAUAAUUGUCCUGGAAUUUGCCCAUUUCACAGAAACUGUUUAUUAGUCUUGGAAGACCAGAUGAGUGCUGGGUAAAUAUCUUUGUAUAGGUUUAGGAGGUAAUUACACUAAAACAGGAAAAAGAACACGAUUUAGACAUUCACUCUCAUCAAUCCUACCCUUUUUGGGAUUGGUUAUGACUUGUAAAGGUGUUUGCACACUGGAACAUGUUGGUGCGUGAUGAAGUGGAAUUUAAAAUAUAGAUUAGUUAGAAACCAAGCAUUACUUUUGUGAUUUUAUGGAUCUCAAAUCUUGAUUGAUGAGAUUUUAUAAUUCCAGUUGUUUAGAGAGGAAAUAAGCUAAUUCCACACCAUGCCCUAAUGGCUGUGCCCAAUGCACAUCUUCCUACCUCUACAGUCUCUCAGGGAAUCCGUGUUUCUCCCAAACCAACCCAUGAUCACAGGAGAUAACAAGAACUGCCGAUGCUGGAAUCAGAGUCAACCACAGUGCGGCGCUGGAGGAACACAGCAGGUGAGGCAGCAUCAGAGGAACAGAGAAGUCCCGACCCAAAACGUCGACUUUCCUGCUCCUCUGAUGCUGCCUGACCUGCUGUGUUCCUCCAGCUCCGCACUGUGUUGACCAUGAUCAUAGACAUCAAGUUUAGAAACUCUUCAAUUUCCAUCAGCCGUCCACACUCUGAGACCUGUUCAGCACUGUUAAUUUCCUGCACUCCAUUGCUUUUGGUUGUUCAGUGUCCGUAUUGUAGUUUGUGAUUGAUAAACAUAUCAUUUAUAAUUUUGCUCCAUUUCAGAACGUGCUUGUCUUCCUGCUACUUUGGACUGAAACAACGUUCUGUGGGAGUUAUCUGCCAUACUAGGGAACAAGGUUUAAAUAAAAAUUGUGCCCCUCUACAUCUGCUUUUAAAUAGCUUCAUAAACCAUUCCAAUAGAAAUCUACCUGGAACAUUUGCUUCAUUCUAUUAUAGGUUGUGAAUUCAAAUCCAACACCACCUAUCCCAUUCUAAACACCAAAAAUAAGACUUGACUGGCAAUAUAAAUUUAGGUGUGCUUAGGCUUCUUCAGAUGGUCCUUCAAAUUGGAAGCUUUCUCGCAUUGUAACAUUACUAAUGUUUUACACAUUUUACGAUUCAUUAAACAUUAAGAUGUUUUGCAGAUGAUGUGAUGAGCUAUUCAGAGUACAGUGCUUGAAAGUGCAUCAGCAUUUUUUCUGUCAUACUGCAGUUGUCAGACAAGGUUUCUUUAACCUUGUUGGUGUUUGUAAUGAGAGCCUUACACUUUCAUGUAAAUGUCUCAAAUCAAGAUGACUGUUGUAAUUUUACUAAAAUUGUAAGCUGGGAUUGUGGCAAGUACUGUAUUUUUGUCUUGGCCCUUAGUUUUGCAACUCAUAAUUUUAAUAUAUAUAGAAGAGUGACUGGUCUAAUACUGGCAUAAACCCUGGUGAUGCAGGAGACAUGGAUGACACAGACAGUGGUGAGUCAAUUAAUGCGCACUGAUAGCUGAUUUUCCAGUCAUUUGCCUUUGACAUCAUCACAUCAUUUUUCAAAACCAGCUACACCAUACUUCAUUCUUAAAAGCUCAAGGAAAAUGCUAGGUGUUCUCCUUUUGUGGCAAUGCAAAUUAAAACAUUUUCAGAUA